AUGGCGAGCAACUCUAUCAAGGUCGUCGCUCGUUUCAGGCCGCAAAACAAGAUCGAACUCGCCAGCGGAGGUACUCCUAUUGUCCAGUUCGAAAGUCCCGACACCUGCAAUGUCCAGUCCAGAGAUGGCGGCGGCGGCGCCUUCACCUUCGACCGCGUCUUCGACAUGGGCUGUCGCCAGUCCGACGUCUUCGACUUCUCCAUCCGUCCCACCGUCGACGACAUCCUCAAUGGUUACAACGGAACAGUCUUUGCCUACGGCCAGACCGGUGCCGGAAAGUCGUACACCAUGAUGGGCUCGGACAUUGGCAGCCCUGACCACAAGGGUGUCAUUCCGCGCAUCACUGAGCAGAUCUUCGCUUCCAUCAUGGCGAGCGAGAGCAACAUCGAGUACACGGUGCGAGUCAGCUACAUGGAAAUCUACAUGGAACGCAUUCGCGAUCUGCUCGUCCCGCAAAACGACAACCUGCCCGUCCAUGAAGAGAAGAACCGCGGCGUCUAUGUCAAGGGCCUGAUGGAAGUCUACGUCAGCAGUGUCGACGAGGUCUACCAAAUCCUUGAGAGAGGAGGCAUGUCUCGUGCUGUCGCUGCUACAAACAUGAACCAAGAGUCGUCCCGAUCCCACUCCAUCUUCGUCAUCACCGUCGGCCAGAAGAACGUCGAGACCGGAAGUGUCAAGUCGGGCCAAUUGUUCCUGGUCGAUCUGGCUGGUUCGGAAAAGGUCGGAAAGACAGGAGCCAGCGGUCAAACGCUAGAGGAAGCAAAGAAGAUCAACAAGUCGCUGAGUGCUCUGGGCAUGGUCAUCAACGCCUUGACUGACGGCAAAUCUUCUCACGUCCCCUAUCGUGACUCGAAACUCACCCGUAUCCUACAAGAAUCCCUUGGUGGUAACUCGCGCACCACCCUCAUCAUCAACUGUUCGCCCUCGAGUUACAACGAUGCCGAAACCGUCUCUACCCUUCGCUUUGGUAUGCGAGCAAAAUCCAUCAAGAACAAAGCCAAGGUCAACCAAGAACUCUCCCCUGCCGAGCUCAAAGCUCUCCUCCGCAAGGCUCAGUCCCAAGUCUCAAGCUUCGAAACAUACAUCACCAAUCUCGNNGAGUCAGAGGUUGGCUCCUGGAGAANNAAAGGCCAAACUGUACCGAAAGAGCAAUGGACUCCGACACUCAAAGAUGGCCCUGCCAAGUCUGCACCUCGUCCUGCUACUCCUUCACUCCUCGGUGAACAACGAAAGGGCGCCGAAACACCUACUUCGUCAAGGCCAGACUCGAGAAUGGAUUUGGAACGUGCCGGUACACCGACGACCGCUCUGGAANAAGACGAAAGAGAAGAGUUCCUACGACGCGAAAACGAGUUACAAGAUCAGCUUGCUGAGAAAGAGUCUGUCAUUUCUACAACCGAGAAAGCCCUUCAAGACACACGUCAAGAGUUGCGUGACCUGAGAGAAACACAUGGCCGUGUUAACAAGGACAACGAAAAGCUCGCCGGCGAUGUUGAAGGCUUGAAGAUGCAAGUUGAGCGCAUCACUUUCGAAACAAAGGAGGAAUCCAUCAUGAUGGACAGUCUCAAGGAAGCCAACAACGACCUUUCCAACGAACUUGACGAGCUGCGCAAAGAAUUGCUCGAGGCUAAGAUGAACGCUCGUGAAACAUCGGCUGUCAUUGACGAGAAGGAGAAGCUGAAGAAAGAGCGCAUGGCUCAAAUGAUGGCUGGCUUCGAUCUCGGAGACGAGGUCUUCUCGGACAACGAACGCAGCGUGCAAGAAGCCAUCAAACAACUUGAUGCCCUUCUCGAGUCCUCUUCCAAGGGUGAAGCACCUGGCCCUGAAUCCCUAUCGAAGCUCAGAGAGAGAUUGGUCGAAACCCAAGGUGCUAUCCGCCAGGUUGAUCACUCGACCCAAGGCGGCGCUCUUGAGCAUAAGCUUUUGACCGUGCAAAAGCAGUAUGAGGAGCUUUUGCAAACGAAUCUUUCAGAAGCUGACGUCGAGGAUGUCAAGCGUCGUCUGCAAGAAUCGCUCGCAUCGCAUACCAGUGGUGAAGCGGGAUCUUCAGAUCUCAAUGCUGCCCUGGCCCGUCAGCAGGAGGAAAACACUCGUAUGCGCAACGAGGUCGAGUCUUUGAGAAGGCAGACGGUGAACGGAGCAAAUGGCGCUAAAUCAUUGCACCAACAACUGGCAGAUUUCGACGCAAUGAAGAAGUCCUUGAUGCGCGACCUGCAGAACCGCUGCGAGCGUGUUGUCGAACUUGAGAUUUCGCUCGACUCGACACGGGAACAAUAUAACAGCGUCCUUCGCUCAGCAAACAGCAAGCAGCAACAGAAGAAGCUGGCCUUCCUCGAGCGCAACUUGGAGCAGUUGACUCAAGUCCAAAGGCAACUGGUCGAGCAAAACGCCCAACUAAAGAAGGAGGUCGCUAUUGCUGACCGCAAGCUUGCGGCACGUGGAGAGCGCAUCCACGGUCUUGAACAACUGCUCGGCGAGAGCCAGGAGAAGCUCAUGCAGGCCAACCAUCGGUACGUUGAAUCUCCUUAUCCGUGCAUACCGAGCACCGAAUUGCUAACACGCAUUCCACAGUNNUUCGAAGCCCAACUCACUGCAGUAAAAGAACGCCUCGAAGCCGCCAAAGUCAGCGCCGCAUCACGCAACGGCAAUAUCACGGGCGCUGGCGGUGCAGCCCCCAAUGGCUUCGGCAGCGAACUCGGCAGCCGCAUUGCAAAGCCCCUUCGUGGUGGUGGCGGCGCAGGCCCAAUGGUACCCACGCUCGCCGGCCUGCAACAGCAACAGCAGGAGGGCCCAAAACGCAGCAGCUGGUUCUUCAACCAGAGAACCUAA